GCGGGAGCGCGGGACUCGCUGUCCAAGGCCAACAGCAUGUUGCGCUGCCAACUGGCGGAUUUCAUUCGGACAGUGGGCGGAGUGUACGUAAAAAGUAGCACCUCCGCCUCCGCCGCCUCUUCUGACCCCGCCACUGGUAUGGCAGCAGAGCGCAAAAACAUUGCCUCGACUUGGCCACUGCCGACGCAGUCCUACUGUUGCACGGAUGACGGCCUUUCCGUGUGGAAUGAGUGA